GGAGGACAGAUGGGGAGAGAGAGAGAGAGAGAGAGAGAGAGAAUCUAAAGCGGGCUCUGAGCUAAGCAUGGGUUCGAUCCCACGAUCCUGGGGUCAUGACUUGAGCCGAAAUCAAGAGUCGGCCGCUCAGCCGACUGAGCCACCCUGGCGCCCCAUCAACUUUGUUUUGAAUGUAAGGCUGCUCUCACGCUCCUUUUAGAGAGAGGCUCGGAUUAGAAGUUUGCAGGCACGAGAUAGAAACCUGAUGGAAACAAGCUGAGCCAGCAGCGGCAGCACUGUGGGUGGAGGCCGGGACAUCUGCUGUUCCUAUCUUGCGCUUGCCAGGGUUUUCCAUUGUGCCAGAACUUUCUCAUGAAUAGAAUUCUUGGAAUUUUAUCGAAAACAAUGAAUCCAUGUGUCAGAGAUUCACGGAGGAGACACAUCCCAGAUGUGCACUGCACUGUAUUUUUAGUGUGCACAUGUGUGGUUUGCAAAGGCCAAGCAGAGGGCUGCCGGUAUUUCACGCGGAGCUCCUUCUGCACACGAGAGGGGUGACAUACCAUCCCUCCCUUGGUGCUCAGAAAAAGACCGUUCCGACAGACUGUGACAGCAAAAGACUGUGUCCCCCUGUGGGCCUGGGGUGGUGUUCUGAGAAUCCUCUGUGCCUCUUGAAACCUGAAUCACCUGCAUUCCAAGCUGGGCGAGUAAGCUUCAAAAAUCAGAAGGAUAGCAUCAUCCCACGAGUUUCUUAGCAAAGCCGCUGUAGGAACACAUCCUUGUACAAGUUUAUUAAAAACUCAUGAGCUUUUAGGGAAAGUUAAAAUAAAAAACAUCAGGGAUCCCACAUCCCAGAAGAGAAGACCUUUUUGGGAGUUUGAGGAAUAUCAGUUGUGUGCCAUGGGCUAUUUUGGGGAGAGAAAUACAGAUUAUGUUGUAAGAACAUGGUAUCUCCAUCCAUCCAUCCAUCCAUCCAUCCAUCCAUCCAUCCACCCAUCUAUCCAUCUAUCCAUCCACCCACCCACCUGUGCAUUUAUCUAUUCAUCCAUUCACCCAUCCAUUCAUUUAGUCAUCAUAUAAAGAAUGCCAACAGCAUGCCAAGGAAUGUACCAGAAGCUGAGGCUACAGUUUUGACCAGAAGACCCAGAUCCCUUCUCACACGAAGCUUGUGUUUCAUUAAUAACAAACAAACUAAUGUAGAACUACAACUGAAAACUCUGCAAGAACUGAUCAGGGACUAAAAAGGUGAAAUCACAUGGGGCUAGAGUGACUAAUGUCCUCUUAACAUCAAAAAAAGAGGUGUUAGCUUGUGCUCUCCCCCCGUGAGAUAAAGGCACAUGACUUUCAAAACUAGUUUUUACAAAGAGAAGUGACUACUUACACGUAAGAGACUAUACUUUUCGGGCAUCUGGCUUGUUAGAACCACAUGACUAGGAAUGGGUAAUCCAAACCAUGGCUUGAACCACGUGGAGCAUUUGGGUCAGUCUCGUCAACUUUCUAGAAUGUGAUAAUAAUUGAAACAUAAUAGGAAAGUUUAUAAAACCUUUUCCACAUCCUAGCUCACCGAGUCCAGUUAACAUCCCUGGUUGGAAGGUGGGCAGCUGUGAUUAAUGCCGUCUUUACAGUUGAAACAAUCGAGACUCCGACAAGGGUGAGGCAGCUGUAUUUGAACUUGCCCAUGUGAGGAUGUAGUAUGCCCAUGUUGUGGAGUGGACUGUUCGCAGGGCUGGGGACCAGAAUCUGCAUCUCUAACGAGCUCUCAGCAAGCUCCUUGUGGCAGUUGGAGCAGGAAGCGGUUCCCAAAGUUCUCUUUUUAUUGCCAAUGGAUUACCGAAAAAUAAAACUAGAUAAAAAUAAGAUGAAGGCUUUGGAUGCAUAUCCUCUGACCGUUAGGUGACGGCAGUGAUUAGGAAAACAAAAAGGAACAUCGAACGCCAGCCCCACCAAACUCAGGGGGCGCAGGAGGUCUACAGGAGCAGUCAUGGUGAUCUUUGCAUUUCCUCCGACCUAAAACUUAUAAACAGGAUGCUUCCACACAUGUUUUUAUACUUUUAGUUCAUCUCUAAAGAAGGAAAGAAGCCUAUGGGAAAAAAUACGUUUCUUUGUAGGAGAACAAAGAAGCUAUUAACAUCACUUACACAUUGUUCCUUUUUUUUCCCUUAACCUUUUUAUUGAGGCUUGAUUAACACGCAGAAAGCCAUACGUAUUUCACGUGUACAACUUAAUGAGUCCAAGAAGGGUACCCACCAAUGAAACCACCACCACAGUCUCCGCCACAAACGCAUCCGUCGCCCCCAAAAGUUUCCUCCCUCCCUCUUUAUUUGUUUGUUUUUGUGAUAAGAACGCUCCAGGUACUGUAGUCAACUCCAGCCUUGGGCUGGGUGGUCAGUCUUCAGGACGCAACUCCUGCACAUCUGAAACCGUGCACCCUUCACCCUUCCGUUGCUGACAGAAAGAGUCUCCUUCAGUUCUCUCCGAUGUUUCAGAGGGCAUCCUGCACAGCCCUGGGCAAGGAAACAGAAGUCAUUUUAAAAUUAUGUGUGCCGGGUUUCUGAUUCCUCAAGGUUCGCUGAAAUCUAGUCUUCGUUGCGUGAGACCUAACUAUUCUUUCUCUGAAGUCUUUCUGCAAAGCUCUGGUCUUCCACAAUAUUUCUAGGAUUUCUGCUCCGCAAUGAAUGCUUCUCUGUUGCGUUGGAGAUUUUAAUUUCCAGUGAGCCUUAUUUUAUUUGUAUGUGCCUGGCUACAUAGGGUCCCCAGUUUAUGCCUCCGCAGAUUUAAGGCAAGACCCUGCGAUGCUCCGUGUGGGUGACUACAGACGUGUUGCCAGGGACGGUUAGCCUCUGGAUUCCUGGUCGUUGGAUGCAAAAUCCAUUGACCUCACAAACGUGGAUCCCUCAUUGUGAUGGGAUAGAAGUUUUGGGACCCCACUUACUGCAUUAUGAUUGGGCUGUAAUAUAAUUCCAUGACUUUUAAAAACUUUUUGUUUUUAAUUUAUUUUUGAGAGACAGAGUGAGAGCGGGGAGGGGCAGAGAGAGAGAAGGCGACACAGAAUCUGAAGCAGGCUCCAGUCUCCGAGCUGUCAGCACAGACCCCAAUGCGGGCUCGAACCCACAAACUGUGAGAUCAUGACCUAAGCAAAGUCGGACACUUAAUGGACUGAGCCGCCCCGACGCCCUGAUUUCAUGACUUUAAUGGUUAAUAUGAACAUCAGCAAACGUGAUGUUAAGAAGCUCUUGUGAUGUAGUACCAAAUGUAUAAAUGAUCCCGCCCUGAAAAUGCUUAUAUUUUAAUAAAUGUGGGAGCUGGGAGACAGGUAUCUGAGCAAAGAGAAUUCCCGGGGUCACCUUAGACCUGCCCAGAGCCAAAGAGAAAUCCAGCGAGUUCAGAGCGGGGAAAUUCUACAGGGGGUCCUGAGGGGGCCGUCUCUAGCUCAGUGUUUUCUGAAGGGAUAUGCCGAACAGAGGGAAGCACCUUCUAGACGAGAAAGGAAGGGAUGAGGAAAGAUGGAAAAGAGAGAGUUCAGGUUCUCUGUGUCAUCUAUGCAACAUCUGCCCCAUGAGUCUUCUGAGAGAUGAGGAAUAUGUGAAAGUCUUUUUCAUGUGCCCUGUGAAUAAUGAUAAUGUUAGGAGAUAGAUGGGUGGAUGGAUGGGUGGAUGGAUUGUAGACGGAUAGGUGGGUGUAUAUCUGUGUGUGUCAGAGUGUAUACACACAUCUGGAUGAAUCUCCCUAUCUCCACCCCAGUCCUGGGUCUCGAGCUGGUAGCACAUGUUGUCAACUUGUCUGAUACUGAGGGAACACCAUGUUGGAGAAAUACGCUCUUCAAAUGGACUUCGUUUGCCUACGUGCAUGUUCCCUUUGAGGUUAAUCCAAGAUUUUUUAUAUUUUUUGAAGGACUCAAAUAGCAAUGUGUUAAAUGAGAAAAACGUGACACAGAGCUAGAUGCUGCGUUUAAUAUAUGGUUUUAAUGUUUCCCGCACCGAAGAGUUAAAAAGAAUAUCAGGAGAGGGCAACAGUGAUUCACCCCCAUCUGUAACUUCAUGCUUGGCUUCUUGUGUGUGUCAUAAUGAAAAGGUCCACUGGUCAGAUGAAGCUUCUUAUGACAUGAGAUGUUGGCUGUAUCUGAAUGCAAAAACAUACACAUUCAGAAUAAGUCCUACGCGAUUGGUAUGUGGGUGUUGGGUGAAUGGUGGUGGGAGGUGGUGGUGGGGGUCUUCCCUAGGUGUACUGUUGCUUUUUUCCCUCCCAAAUGUGAGCAGGAGGUGACUUUCCAGAAGCAUCUAUGGCAGGGGGUCUGCCUUGAAGAGAAGCUAUACACAAUCGGGCUUGAGACAACCUAAUAAGAGUUUUCCAAUACCAUUAGGUCUCUAGACACCCAUACAAGGCCACCACGUGCUGCUGGCUGUAGCGUAUUUGUAAAUGGGGUUCCUACUUGCCCUGUUUUUCCUGUGUAUUAUUCACCAGGAGAAGUCAGGCAUCCACCCAGGAUGCACGCGUCCCGAUACAUGGCCCUCAGUUUAAGUCUGAAUAAUAUGAUUAACCAAAGAAAACAACAGCUCUGUUGAUUAUCUAAGAAAUACUGAAAUGGGGGCGCCUGGGCGGCUCAGUCGGUUAAGCAUCCGAUUUCGGCUCAGGUCGUGAUCUCACGGUUCGCCAGUUCGAGCCCCGCAUCGGGCUCUGUGCUGACAGAUCGGAGCCUGAAGCCUGCUUCGGAUUCUGUGUCUCCCCCUCUCUCUGCUCCUUUUCCACUCACACUUUGUCUCUCUCUCUCUCUCUCUCUCUCUCUCUCUCUCUCUCAAAACUAAAUAAACAUUAGCGAAAAGAAAAGAAAUACUGAAAUGCAUCUGGGGCCUGUUGCUGCAUAGCUUUUAAGCUCAUGGGAGAGCCUUUUGUAUGUAGAGGGUUCCUUUCCUCUCCUGAUGCUUUAAUUCCGUCAUAAAUCGUGAGAUUCUGGGCAUUUAUUUCUUCACCCUCUCCCACUGAGUCCCUCUAUAGCCUCUCUCUUUCUAGGUGGUCCCAUCUCUUACUGUGAUAACAGCCCUGCUCUUUCCACGGCCAUGACAAGACCGGGUAGGGACGCGCUCUGCACGUGGCCUCCAUUAGCCCAGCCUUCCUUCCUUCUCGGACAUCCGGGCAGUGGUGAGGGUACAGCCUUGGGGAGGGAUUCUCCCCAGAGCCCCAGACCCUGCCUCUACUUGGCCCUCCUUACUGACGUCCCUCUUCUUCUCAGGCCUGGUUUCUUGUCCUGGGGCAUGAGUGGCGGUUGACCUUACGGGGUUGCUGUCAGAACUGAAUGACCAUGUUUCAUAAAUUUAAGAUGGCACUGGUUAUAAAAUGAACCAACAUUUCGUCUGCCGCCAAGGGGAAAGACAUGAGUAAGCAAGCCAGUGGCAUGCCAUUGACUGUAAGAUGCAUCCAGAUUUCAGAGCUGGGAAAAUGUGGAAAACGGUGUAGUCAGUGGCAUAGGGCUUAAAAGAAUGUGCAUGUGGAGCGCUUCAUUCCCAGGGCAACCUGGUUAUUUUGUGAUGGAGCAGCUGUUUGUGAAUCCAGAGAAAAGUGGCCAGAAGAUACCGUACUCCUUGCAGGGUGUGGAGUUACGGGAUGCCCCAAAUUCUGCUUGGCUCUGUGUGGGAGACGUUGAAGGAAGAGUUUUGUAUUGGGGUGCAGCGGGUUUGAGAACCCCCGUGGAAAAGACUGGCUCCUGAUUUCAGAUGACACUGGCUUCCUGGAACGGACACUGGGUUGUGACAGCAAGAACUUCGUUGAGAAUGUUCUCCAAGGCACGACCGUAAUCUUAUUUAGCGUGCUUGUUUCACUUACAUUUCCCACUUGUUUUUCCUAACUCCUGGAGGCACAUGACACUUGAGGAAGCCGGAGAGACAUGGGUUUGGGAAUCCAGUUCUGUGGACACUGAGUUCUGGAUGUUUCUCAGAUUUUUGAAAACCACGUAAGGACUUGUCUCUCUGUCUCGCUUGCUUCGGUUAUGGAGGAGGGCUGAUCAUCCUGUGACUCACUCCCAGAUUUCAUGACAAUCUAAGUAUGUUGGGUUCUCUGGAUUAACAAUGUAGUACUUUUAACCCUUGUGGGGGGAGGGGGGGUCACAAAAUUAGAAGCAAAGAGGAGCCCAGGCCUUAUUUUCUAAUUCUUUUACUUGAAAUGUAGGAGCCUCUCAAAAUACUCAUCUGGUAGAGAAAGGAAUGCAUCUGUUUCAGGGUCCCUGAUGUCUUUUGCUGAAAAUGUCAGUGCGUUUACAAAGUACAUUCCACUUUUCAUUAUUAUCUUUUGAACGUAGGCAUUUGGAUCCUUUGCCGUACCCAAAUCUAGUUACUUGAAAAUAAAGUGUGGGGCGCCUGGGUGGCUCGGUCAGUUAAGCAUCCAACUUAGGCUCAGGUCAUGAUCUCAUGGGCCGUGAGGUCGAGCCCCGUGUCGGGCUCUGUGCUGACAGCUCGGAGCCUGGAGCCUGGAACCUGCUUCAGAUCCUGUGGCUUCGCCUCUCUCUGUCCCUCCCUGGGUCAUGCGCGCGCGCUCUCUCUCUCUUUCUCUCUCUCUGUCUCAAAAAUGAAUACGUUAAAAAAUGUUUUUAAAGAAGACAAAUCGAAUUUUAGGCUCACACUAUGAAAUAUCAUCUGGGUGAGAACUCCCCAGCUUCUGGAACGAUCAGUUGACUCUUAGCCCAUGACCAAACUCCAAAAGAAUGUCCUCGUAUGUUAUUGGUGCAUUGAGUACAUUCAUUUGAAAUAAACACCGUAGCCCUAAUACAGCACUACCUUUAAUUCGGGGGCAAUUUGCUUAGAAUUUAUGUGCGUCUCAUAAGUUCGUAAAAAACGAGGUUGGUCGUGUGUCACUUGCCACAUUGGAAUAUCCCAACUUUCCUGGAGCCACAGAGAAAACACCCCCACACACCAAUCUAAAGUUCAGCUCUUUUUAUAGUAACAUAGAGGCAGGCAUAUUAAAUUAUUAUGCCACGUUUCUGCCAGGUUUUGACUUUUUUUUUGAGUUCUCCGUUAUAAGGCAACCCGAGCGGUCCCCAAGUCCCGUGGCUGCCCGAACGUUCUGAGAGCAUAGCCUAUGCAUGUUAACUAAGGCAUCUCCUGACACCCCAGGCAGGUAGGCAGGUAGGUAGGUGAGGUGGCCACGGAUGAGGAGGGAAGCAGGGACAGCGUCAGCCAAGGCCAGGAGUCCCUUGCGGAGCUGGAGUUGAGGGACUCAUGUGUUCCUGGUUACCAGCCUGUGUUCAGAGCUCUGUUCUGGUUUUAAUCCUGCCGGGCGAGAUCCUCUCCCUCUUUGAAGUCCCAGAGCCGGCAAGCAGGGAGGGGGCGAAUCCUUCACAUCAGCCUUUGUCAUUCACACCGAGCCAAAGGGACGAUGUCACUAAGUCAAAUGGAUGGACAAAGAAACACUGCUGGUCUGUAGUGUCUCUUGCUUGUUUUCUUCUAAAGGGCGGUUACUUUUAGUGACGAUCCUUGUCGAAGGGGGUCUCUGACAACCAGCCUUUGGCCUCUUUUUACUCUCCUGUUGCGAAAAUGUGCUACAUGGGCGUGUGUGUGUGUGUGUGUGUGUGUGUGUGUGUGUGUGAGAGAGAGAGAGAGACAGACAGACAGAGACAGAGAGACCGAGAGAUAGGAAGAGAGAUUGAUUCUGUUUGUUUCCUUUUCCUGACCUUCCUUAAUUCUAGGUGUUUGGCAGUCUUGGUCCAGUUAUAAUAACUUCGGGGCCUGCGUUUUUAUUGGUCUCUCUUUCCAGAAUGUGGCUUCGAUUUCACCCUUCUUGAAAUGCCUAUCCUGAACCUCCCUCACUUUGGGGCUCUUUCUCCUCUAGUGAACAAAAGCAACCUUUGAUAUUCCGAAUUGCACCACCUUUCUCAUUUUUUAUGCAAUGUGAACUUUGAGGAGAACUUUAAGAUAUGAGGAAAAGAUGUGUGUCUCCCUUAUCUUUGGCUUUUGUAAGUUUUUUUUUCCUUCCCCUAAAUCGAUCUCAAUUAACUUUGAUUUCUUUCUUUAGAAAACCAUGUGCUGAAAUAAUGCUUUGCCAGAUGUGAGAAUGGGUUCCUGCCUCUCCAAACACACACUGGAGCCUUGUCUUAGUUCUUCUAGUUUGAUCCACUUUUUAAAAUCUUACGCCGCAUUUGUUUGGUCACGGGAAGCCCUACUCUACUUUAUCUCGGAGGAAGCGCUAUCGGUCGUGAGCGAGGACCAGUCAUUGUUCGAGUGUGCCUACGGAACACCACACCUGGCCAAGACGGACAUGACCGCGUCCUCCUCCGGCGACUAUGGACAGACAUCCAAGAUGAGCCCCCGCGUCCCUCAGCAGGACUGGCUGUCUCAACCUCCAGCCAGGGUCACCGUCAAGAUGGAGUGUAACCCUAACCAGGUGAACGGCUCAAGAAACUCCCCGGAUGAAUGCAGCAUGGCCAAAGGCGGGAAGAUGGCAGGCGCCCCAGACACCGUCGGCAUGAAUUAUGGCAGCUACAUGGAGGAGAAGCACAUUCCGCCCCCAAACAUGACCACGAACGAGCGCAGAGUGAUCGUCCCAGCAGAUCCUACACUGUGGAGUACGGACCACGUCCGGCAGUGGCUGGAGUGGGCAGUGAAAGAGUAUGGCCUUCCGGACGUCGACAUCUUGCUGUUCCAGAACAUCGACGGGAAGGAGCUGUGCAAGAUGACCAAGGACGACUUCCAGAGGCUCACCCCGAGCUACAACGCUGACAUCCUUCUCUCCCACCUGCACUACCUCAGAGAGACUCCUCUUCCACAUUUGACUUCAGAUGAUGUUGAUAAAGCCUUACAAAACUCUCCACGGUUAAUGCAUGCUAGAAACACAGGGGGUGCAGCUUUUAUUUUCCCAAAUACUUCAGUAUAUCCUGAGGCCACGCAAAGAAUUACAACUAGGCCAGAUUUACCUUAUGACCCACCCAGGAGAUCAGCCUGGACCAGUCACGGCCACCCCACCCCCCAGUCGAAAGCUGCUCAGCCAUCUCCUUCCGCAGUGCCCAAAACUGAAGACCAGCGUCCACAGUUAGAUCCUUAUCAGAUUCUCGGACCAACAAGUAGCCGCCUUGCAAAUCCAGAUCAGAACCAGCUGUGCUGGCAUCCACUUCCGAAAUUCACAGCAUAUGCUGAGGGUUUUCAACAGCACAUUCAAAUGCCAAGAUGACACAGGCAUAUUGCAAGUACAAGCUGGAAUGUAUAUUUCCUAAACACGGAGGCCAAAAUAGGGUUGGAAACGGAAAAGUUCAGAUUCAAGCAGCAUUCGUCCCCACAAGGGAAUCUGUAUUUUGAGAACACGAAAUAUCAUUAUCAAGUAUCUGCAGCUUUGACAUUAAAUUUUAGGUAAUGUUCACUAGUUCAGAAAAAUCCCUCUGAGGCAUUUGAGCCGUUAGAAAGGACUGUUUUAGGGGCGCCCGGGUGGCUCAGUCGGUUGAGCUCCGACUUCGGCUCGGGUCCUGAUCUCUCAGUUUGUGAGUUCGAGCUCCGUUGAAUUUGCUGCCUCAGAUCCUUUGUCCCCCCCCCGCCCGCCCCCGUCCCCGCCCCUGCCUCUGCCCCACUCACGCUCUCUCAAAAAUGAAUACAUAUUUUUAAAAAUAGUUUUUUUUAAAAGGGACUGUUUAUUACUCAACCCUGGGUACUAGACCAGGCGCUCAGUAAUUAUUUGUUGAAGAAAAAAACAAAUGCGAGGAGUAAGGAGAUACCGUCCUUGACCUUCGAGGUCCUCACAUUCUGGUGGAGAAAUGAAUACGGGAGAUUACAACACUGCCACACAGGUGCUUUGCUCUCAAGGGAGCGUCCAACUGGUGGCCAAGGCUCCCGGGUGUCUGGUCCCCCCCAAUCCCGGGCUCAGCUCUCCAUUUCGAACUGCUUCGUAACGGUUCAUAUAAAAAGGAUUACUAUGUUGGGAGAUGACUGUUAUCAGCCAUGCCUCAGGAAGACUGAUCUGGCAUCAGUGUUCAGGAUAGAUUAGAAAGAGGAAAGGAACAGAAGUGGGAGCACUCUGGGGAGUUUAAUACAAUCAUGUGAAAUAACAAUCAAAUAGCUCCCACCCUGUGGAAAUGCCCGGGCAAGUGCUUAAGUCUGCCAUGCCACUGCAUGACACAGCCCUGGGAGGUCAUUAUCUUCAUCCUUCAGAGGAGGAGUCAGAGGUCCAGAGAAAUUAGGUGACUUUCCCUGGGUCACACAGCCAAUAAAACGGGAAGUCGCAUUUGAACCCUGAUUCUCUGUCUCCAGAGUCUGGUUUUAUUGUCUUGCCCUGCACCGCUCCUGAGUGAGCCCGAGGGAGGAGGGAGGCCUUGGAGAAUGGGGGCCGAGAGAAUAGAAAGGAAGGAUUUCCCUUGAGUUCUACAACCGUGUAGGUGCUGGGAAAAUGGCUCUGUCCACAGUAGGUCAGCAGGCCCAGCACUGGGAGCAAAGGACAGCCCUUUGUCCACUAAGACCAUCCUUACUUGGCCUGGGGAAGAUGGUGACCUCCAACCAAGGGCUUGAAGAAUAAGACUUGUUUUACUUAGUUGAUAAUGAUUAGGCUUCUUUCCAUCUCUCCUCGGGCUGCACGCGCAUCAGUCGUAUUCACGUGGCUUCCCCCACCCCCAAAACCAGGAUGUCUCUGGUCUUUCUGGGGAUGAGACUCCCUCUUCCUGUUUGACUCUAUUUUCCCAUUCUCUGGUAAGUAAGCCCUUCAUCACUUCAAAUUGCUGCCUUCGCUCUUUGUACAACGCAAACUUUUUAAAUCAUUUUAAGUGGGAAGGUGACAUCGUGGUGUGUAAAUGCACGAGAGAAUAACCGCAUCUCAAGGUCUUGGUUCCAGAUAUUCAUGUGACGUGCACUUUGGGCCAUAUGUCUCCUGCUGAGAGGUGCGUCCCAUCCCUGAACGAUUAUGUCAUGGAUCACACGUAAACCACACAGCCCCUUGAUGUCCCAUUAGAAUGGCUGAACAUGUAUGUGGCUUCUCUAUGAACUGAGGCUGCCUUUCCAUGAAGGCACCUUCUUGGGUUGUGUUCAGUGGCCCCCCCAGUGCUAACUGGACACUCUUUAAUGGGGGGCAUGAAUUGUAUCCAGCUUCGUGCAAAGCCAGAGACCAGUUUUAGGGAUGUUUUGCCAUUGGUUAGGAGGUAGGAGUGCCCAGUCUUCCACUUUGAACCUCCCAAGCCCCAGGCCAAGGGAAAGGACAACCUGGGGAGGACUCGGGGGAGUGGAGGUCAGGCCUGAAAGCAAUGGUUCGUGCUGGGAUUCGGGCAUCCGAGCUUAGAGACUGGGUUCCAACCUUUGCCGACAUUGGGCAAGAUGAAUCACUCUAUCUCUCUGGGGUCUAAUGUCCUCAUCUCAACAGUGGGCUCCCUCACGAUUCUUGGGGGGAUUACAUAAAUACAAGUGUUCAGGAUGGUAUCGGCAAAGAGUAGGCUUUCGGUGGCCGUCAGCCAGCCCGAGAACACCAUUCACAGUUUUUCCCGGCCAACAUGGGGUGCACGGGGAGGGGCACUUGGCUUCGUUCUGUCCUCUUGUAGCUCUAGGCAAGGUAUGUGCCUCUCUUUAAACUCUGGUUUUCGGAGCACCUGGGUGGCUCAGUUGGUUAAGCGUCCAACUUCAGCUCAGGUCAUGAUCUCGCGGUUCGUGGGUUUGAGCCCCGCAUCGGGCUCUGUGCUGACAGCUCGGAGCCUGGAGCCUGCUUCGGAUUCUGUGUCUCCCUCUCUCUCUCUGCCCCACCCUGCUCGCACUCUGUCUCU